AUGGACGCAGUCCUGGGCACAACAAGGCUUCACCUCGGGAAUCAGCUUGAGAAUGACAUCAAUUUUCCACAAUACCCCGAGCCUCCAGGCACCCAACCACACCAGCAAAGCCCUCAGUACUACGUAGCAACAGAAGCGUCCCUCCCACAAAUCAUGCAAACCUUGGGCCACGGCCCCUCGAGACCAAAGGCCAUCAUCCUAAUACCGCAUGGUCAUCUACCCGAAGGUCCUACCUCCACACAUUUCAGCGGCGCGGUCGCUGGUGACCCCGCAGUCCUCAGAGGAUCCUCCGCCGUGCAGAACCCAGGAUGUCAUUGUUCCAUGCAGGAUAAUGGAGCGCGGACGCCCGAUCUAGGGGCCCCGGCGGAGUGGAUAAGCUCAUCUUCACCUCCUUCGUACUGUCCCUUGCAUUCCAUGCAGCCACAGGCACAGGCGCAGCCGCAGCCACUGGAUCAGUUCCAAAGAAUGUUGCUGUGA